AUGCCGUUGUUUCCCUCUCUCUGCACAGCGCCGCUGGACUCUGACGACUUUGCUUUCUUCCAUGAGGGCACCCGAGGGUGCCUGGGGGUGCAGGAUCACUCCCUCAUCCUGUCAGCCUCCUGUGAGGAAGCCAACCAGCGCUGGAAGUGGGUGACCCGCGGGCGUCUGUUCAACCUGGGCUCCUCGCUCUGCCUGGGCGUGACCACGGGUAACUUCACCUCCAGAUCGGACAGGUCUCCUCUGGGUGUGUACACCUGUGACCGCGAGCCGCCCAGAGUGCGCUGGACCUGGAGCUGUGGCCAGAUGCUGGACAACCUCAACAACUACCUUCCCUCGCCCUCGAUUUGGAACUCCUCCUCAACCGCCCCCCCCUCCAAUCUCAAAUGGACUGUGUAUGGUGGUGUGCAGGACCUGUGUGCUAAGACAUAUCGCGAGAUCUAUACGAUCCAGGGGAACUCUCACGGCCGCUCCUGCUACCUGCCCUUCCUGUAUGACGGCCAGUGGUUCCACAGCUGCACCAGCAUCGGGCGUGAGGAUGGUCACCUCUGGUGCGCCACCACCUUCGACUAUGGCAAGGACGAGCGAUGGGGGUUUUGCCCAGUCAAGAGCGGCGGCUGCGAGACAUUCUGGGAUACUGAUCCACUGACAGACAGCUGUUACCAGUUUAACUUCCAGGCUACGCUGUCAUGGAGCGAGGCUCGGAUCAGUUGCCAGCAGCAGGGGGCAGACCUGCUGAGCAUCACCAAGCUACAUGAGCAGACCUACAUCAAUGGUUUACUGACUGGCUACAGUGCUUCUUUGUGGAUCGGCCUCAAUGACCUGGACAUCAACGGAGGCUGGCAGUGGGCCGACUCCUCGCCUCUUAAAUAUCUCAACUGGGAGCAAGACCAGCCAAACCACGCUGAGGAGGAGAACUGCGCCGUGAUCAGGACUGAGUCAUCGGGUCGUUGGCAGAACCGCGAUUGUUCUGUUGCUCUGCCAUAUGUCUGUAAGAAGAGGCCCAAUGCCACCCUGGACCCCUUCACUACAGACUCGUGGGCAGAUGAUGAGAAGUAUGAGUGUGAUGUGGGCUGGCAGGCCUUCCAGGCUGGCUGCUACAAGCUGACUUCAGAGAAGUUUGAUUGGGAUACAGCUCAGAAAACCUGUCAGAAGAUGGAAGCCAACCUGAUCAGCAUCCACACCCUGCCUGAGCUGGAGUUCAUCCUGCGCAACUUGAAGAGAGACAUCGACCAACUAUGGAUAGGGCUCCAUGACACUGACAUGCAAAUGGACUUCCAGUGGACCGACCACACACCCGUCAUCUUCACCUACUGGCACCCCUUUGAACCCAAUAACUUCCGCAACACCCAAGAAGAUUGCGUCUCCAUCUGGGGAUCUGAGGGCCGCUGGGACGACAGCCCUUGCAAUAUGACCCUGCCCUCCAUCUGUAAGAAACCAGGAACAAAGAGUGUCGGGAAGCCACAGCACCAAGACUGCAAACAAGGUUGGAAAUGGCACAGUCCAGCUUGUUACUGGGUGGGAGAAGAUCUGCUCACCUUUGAUGAGGCCAAGAAAUCCUGUGAGGACCAUGGAGCCGCCCUUGUUACCAUUACAAAUAGGUUCGAGCAGGCUUUCGCCAACAGCCUGUUGUUCGGUCGCUCUGGAGAUUCCUUCUGGAUCGGCCUCCGCGAGCAGAACAACCCCGGCUCUUUCCAGUGGCUCAGCGGCGAUGAAGUGUCCUACACCAACUGGAAUCGAGACCAGCCAAUCAACGUCCACGGCGGCUGUGUUUCCAUGGUGACAGGCUUCGCAACAGGUCUGUGGGAGGUGAGGGAGUGUGCGUCAUCGAAGGCGAAAUUCAUUUGCCGACAGAACCAGGACACGUCUCUGAGCCCCGAGCCCCCAGUCCCUCAGCCCACCCCGAGUCUCAGCGGCUCCUGUCCCACUGGCUGGAAGAGCAACAGUAACCUACGCUACUGCUACAAGGUGUUUCAUUUCCCCCAGCUGGAGCAGAAGCUGAGCUGGCUGCAGGCUCACCUGUUCUGCCAGAAACAUGGAGCCAACCUGCUGAGCAUCAGUGGCCCUGACGAGGAGCACUUUAUUCUGCAGAUCCUCCAUGAGGCCUUCGGGGAAUCUGAGGACCAUGAGCAGCACUGGUUUUGGAUUGGACUGAACCGCAGGAACCCGAUGGACAAUGGUGGCAGCUGGAAGUGGAGUGACGGACUGGCUUUCACGUACCAGAACUUUGGCCGCUACUACUACAACAUUCGGCAGUGUGCUGCAGCAGACUUGGGCACUAUGACCUGGCUGGCCAUGCACUGCGAGUCUGAGUUAGACUGGAUCUGCAAGAUCCCCAGAGGUAGUGUUGAGAAGGAACCAGAGGUCUCUGAAGGUCAUUCACCAGAGUGGAUUGCCUUCCAGGAGGCUGAGUAUAAAUUUUUUGACCACCGCACCACUUGGGACCAGGCCCAGAGGAUUUGCUCGUGGUUUGAGUCUUCGCUGGCUUCCGUCCACUCAGCUGAGGAAGAGGCUUUCCUGGCCAACACUUUACGCAAGAUGGAGAAAGUGGAAGGUGACAACUGGUGGCUGGGGCUUCAUACCUACGAUAACGACGGCCGUUUCCGCUGGUCUGACCACUCUGUGCUCAAUUACGUGUCCUGGGCUCUUGGGAGGCCCCACCCACUCAGCCGUGAUCGCAAAUGUGUCCAGAUGUCCGCCAGCAAAGCGGACUGGGCUGAUCAAAAAUGCCACUCUGACCUGCCCUACAUCUGCAAGAGAGUGAAUGUCACAGGGACCAUUCCUCCAACACCAUCCUCCCCCCACCCACCUGCAGGCUGUCCAGAUGGAUGGGCUUCCUAUCAGCAUAAGUGUUUCAGGGUGUUUGAUCAGUCAUACCGGGUCACAUGGUCUGCAUCCAAGUUGAAAUGUGAGACACAGGGAGGUGUACUGGCAGUGGUGUCCAAUCAUCUGGAGCAAGCCUUUGUCACCACCCUGCUCAACAAUGCCAGUGUUGACCUUUGGAUGGGUUUGACCUCAGACUCUAAAGGUCAUUUCCAGUGGGCCAAGACUAGCCUGCUCAGUUACACCAACUGGGCCCCUGGAGAGCCACUCGACAACAGCGGACCACACCACAACAAGACCCGGGGAAACUGUGUGGUGAUGAUUCAUGGGAACCCACAGAAGAAUACCGGCAUGUGGGCUUCCCGUGCCUGUGAGAUGGAAAGCAAUGGCUUCAUUUGUCAAAGGCAUCAAGACCAAGGUCUCCCCCCAGCACCCACCCUGAUUCCUGCCUCCCUGUCAAAGCCUCUGGAUCUUGGUGGAGUGACGUACCGGGUGGUGGAGAAGCGCCUGGACUGGACUGGCGCUCUGCACCUGUGCGAAUCUUUGAAUGGGACUCUAGCCACAGUGAAGGAUCCCUACCAGCAGGCGUACCUCACGCUGCUGAUCAACAGCCUGCACCGGCCAGCCUGGAUUGCUCUCUACAACUACGGAGGACGGAGCUUCACCUGGCUAGGAGAAGAGGAAGUGUCAUAUUCAAACUGGAAAGAUGGGGAGCCCAAUCAGAUGGCUGGAUGCGGUCACAUGACCACUACUGGGCAGUGGACUAUGACGCCCUGUGAUGCUAAACUGGAGGCUGCUAUCUGUCAGAUUAGUGAUGAGCCUGUGGGUCACCAGUGGAGCUACCCUGGCAUCUGCCCCCACUCUCUGGGAGAGUGGUCGUGGGUGCCUUUCAGAAACCACUGUUACACCUUCAACCUGCAAAGUCUUAAACUGCAGCAAGAUGCACGCAUGUCCUGUAAAAAAGUGGGAGCAGAACUUCUCUCUAUCUUGGAUGAGACUGAGAACGGAUUUGUGUGGGAGCACAUCCAGAGCUAUGCAGAACAGGCACAUGGAGCUUGGCUGGGCAUCAGUGUGAAAGGUAGAGGUCUAGUGUGGAGUGAGGAAACAGAGAUGUCAUACACCAACUGGGAAGCGCACGACCUCGCCUUCUCUGUUCUGUCUCCUAAUUCCUGCUUCUGGAUCCAGAGCAACACCGGCCUGUGGAAGCCGGGCUCCUGCAGAAACCGCACACACGGAGUCAUCUGCAAACAGCCACGCAGUGCUGAAACUUCAGCUGUAACAUUGGAUGGCGACCAUCUACCAACCCUGAUUGUCGUCAUUGUGACGGGCCUGGUGCUGGUGGUGCUGAUCGUCGGCGUGAUCUACUUGUACCGUCGGCGAACUGUUGGGUCACGGGGGUCCUACGAAGGAGCCCGCUACAGCCGCACCAACUCCAGCCUUACCGAGCAAACCGAGAAGAACAUCCUGGUGUCCGACAUGGAGCUGAACGAGCAGCCAGAGUAGCAGAGCUGCAUCUGGACAGACGCGCUGACCAUCCCAAGACUGGACCCGACCUGACACCGGAGAGGCUGAUUUCAGUGUGCUGGCUCAGAAACACAUUGUGGCAUUUAUGUUUUUUUUUUGUAGCUGUCUCUUUUGAAACCAAAA